AUGGCUUCCUUUGGCUUCCUAGUACUACUGGUUAGUUUGAUGGUUACCGCUCACUGGUAUGUGUCUGCUUGUAUUGAUUGUGAAAAGUCUCCACCUCGAUUUGGUGCUAGAUGUUGUGAUCCACGCGAGAAGACACCGGUUGAAAACCUACCGGUGUACAAACCAUCAAUUGAGAAGCCACCGGUUUACAAACCAUCAGCAGAGAAACCACUAGUUGAUAAUCCUCCGGCUUACAAGAUACCAUUCGAACCCCCGUUUUACAAGCCAUCUAUAGAGAAACCUCAGGUGUAG